AUAGGCUGUGAGACUUUGGAGAGCUCGCCCCUAAUUGGAUAACACAGCUGUCCUGCAGAUUGUAGCUGUGCUGUGAUUGGCUGUCUGUGCCAACCUCUCUGCAGCUUUCUGUUAUCACAGCUCCCCCUCCAUAAUGUCUCUUUUCUUUUCUCAGAAACAGUCCCGAACACAUCGGUAUCAAUAAAAGCUGCAGCUUGGUCGGUGUCCUGCUCAUUUCUGAUUGGCUGACUGAUGAGAAGCACACGGCUGAAGUUUGGACAGCAGCUCUAACGUGAAGAUGAAAAACUCAAAGAGUUUUCAGUUGGAUGAUUUCAUCGCAGGAUGGAUUGGCGGAGCGUCCAGUGUGGUCGUGGGCCAUCCGCUUGACACAGUGAAGACGCGGCUUCAGGCGGGAAAAGGCUACAGAAACACUCUACACUGCAUCCUCACCAUCUACAGGAAGGAAACGGUCUCCGGUUUCUUUAAAGGCAUGUCUUUCCCGUUGGCCACCAUCACCGUCUACAACUCAGUGGUGUUUGGCUUCUUCAGUAACACACAGAGACUUAUUAGCAAGUAUCGCUAUGGUGACGGGCGGCAUCCCUGCGGCAUGGUGGACCUGACUGUGGCCAGUAUGCUGACUGGACUGGUGUCAGUGGGUCUGGGAGCUCCGGUUGAUCUCGUCAAGAUCAGACUGCAAAUGCAGACGCAGAUGGUUGUAACAGAGAACCUGCAGCUCGCAGGCAAUGUUUCGAAUGGCACCAGUAUCCCUCUGCGCUCCAUUGACACGAACAGCCAGAGACUCUACCGAGGCCCCAUCCACUGCAUCAGCAGCAUCCUGCAGAGUGAGGGCCUGCAGGGCCUGUACAGAGGGGGCGGGGCCAUGCUUCUGAGGGACGUUCCUGGAUACGUGCUCUACUUCAUCCCGUACUCCAUCUUCUGUGAUCUGCUGAAGCCAGACGCCAUGUCAAGCCCGCAUCCUGGUUCCAUCUGGCUGGCUGGAGGACUGGCAGGGUCCAUUUCCUGGGUCACGGCCACGCCAGCUGAUGUAGUGAAGAGUCGAAUGCAGGCCGACGCUCAGCUGCAGAGGAAGUACAGAGGAAUCUUACACUGUAUCAUCCACAGCUACAGGACGGAGGGAGCACACAUUUUCUUCCGUGGAGCGUCUGUCAACGCCAUCCGAGGCUUCCCAAUGAGCGCCACCAUGUUCCUGACUUACGAACUGUCCCUGCAGUUCUUCAGGAGUUUCUAGGACAGAGGAAACGCGUUGGGUGUAAAAGGAAUCGCACUCAGUUUUUUGGCCAAUGAGCAGUUUGUUUGAGACAAGAGGUUUUAGAAGCCGUGAGUCAGAACAUUUUGCUGUCAGGUGAUGAAAUAUUUGAGCUUCUACUGACUUUCGUGCCUUAGAAAGAGUGGUCAUUGAUUAUUAGGCAACUUUAUUCAUUACAACCAAACUCAAUGUGCUUUACAUAAAAAAAUCCAAUGAAAAUUAGAUAUAUGAAUACAGACCCUUAACACCCCCCCACCCCCCCCCACACACACACACACACACACACACACACACACAAUGUUUAAAGGUCUGAGAAACACUGACCUAACAUUGAUAUCAUUGGUCUGUUAGAUCAAUGCUUUAAACUAGUGCUUCAGUUUUUGGGAGAUUUUUUUUUUUUUGUUAAAUCAGAGUCAGGACACGAGAGCCAUCCAUGUGUUUUAGUGAGUGUAAAUACCUUCACUGCUUGCCUGUGGGCCAGUAAGCUGAAACUUUAGACCUCCUGAAUGAAGUCCACAUGGUUGGGGGGGGGGUCUAAAAUCCCUGACCUCACGAGGUUGAUGACUUUCAUCUGUGUUCCAGAAGGAGUGUGUCAUAUAAUCUCGUUCACAAUAAUACCGGUAUAGUUGUUAAUAUGAUAUGAAAAAUUCACAUCAUGAAUCGUGCAAUAUUUCGACCUCUUGGCAUCAUACUGUUACCCACGGCAACAACAAGCCUGGCUGACAGUGAGUUGAUGAUGGACUGUGCGGUGGUUCAAAAAAAGAGGAGGAGCUUCAGUAGUGUGCAAUAAAGUGUGGCGUCGGCUCAGAAGGAAUUCAUACAGUGGCUCCUUAUGGCAGCAGCACAGUGAUUCUGUCUCCCAACAACCUGUCACAGGUUAUAGCCUGAUGAUCAAUGGUUUAUAUUUAUUGAUCCAGGGGAUCUUUUUUAAAAUGUGAUUUAGUUGAACUAUUAAUAUUGUAACAGAACCUGAAUCUGACUCUUAGUCACCGUUGUUGUUCGCAAACUAAAGAAAUGAUAUCAUCACCUUUCUUUAGUUUUUACUGAAUAUUUUAAACAAACUGUGAAACGACGUCACUGAUUCUGUUCUUAAAUUGAUAAUUCAAUAAUAUUUUCUAAUUUCUCAAUUCAUGAAGAAUAUCGUCAAAUAUUCUGACAUUAUUUCAGGCCCAUGUUGCCAUAUGUUUCACCACAGCUUUGCACAUGGUGCAUUCAGCAGUUCAGCCCUGUGUUAGUGCAGAAUGUCAGGAAAUUAGCAUGCACAGAUUUUAGCAGUAAUUAUUUUGAGACGUUGGUGUUGCACACGUCGGCAUCUUACUUAUACUCAUAUAUUAUAUAUACUUAUAUACUUCAGCUGCCAGCAUUUAGUUUAACAGAGGAAUUUAAAUGUA